AUGCUGAUGCAUUAGAGUAUUACACAAGAAGCUAUGUAAAUUAUUCAAUGGAAUCAUUUUAAGGAGUUUAAACUUACUUAUAGAACUGAAGAAGCAUUAUUAGAAAUUAAUAAUGCUUUGAAUGUUGACCCUAAAUUUGCUUAAGCCUAUACUUUAAGAAGUUCAAAGUUUUAAAAUAACAAUAUAGGUGAAUUAUACGAAAAAAUGACAUUAUAUGAUAAGGCAUUGGAAGAUAUAAAUUGUAGCAUAUCUAUAAAUAACAAUAAUGCUGAAAGUUAUUAUUAAAGAGGUAUAAAUUAAAUUAUAUAUUUUAAGGAACAAUAUAUUGGAGAAAAAAAUUAUUUGAUCUAGCAUUAGAAGAUUGUAUGAAGUGUGUUUAGAUUAAUCCUAACUUUGCAAUAUGUUAUAGUAGAAUGGGUAAUAAAAUAAAUAUAAAUGUUUAGGCACUAUUGUGGGAAAUUUGAAAUAAAGGGAUAAUGAACUCUAAUAUUACAAUUAAGCUUUAGAAAAAGAUGGAAACUGUUAUUAAGCAUUUUUAUGUAGAGGUAUUACAAAUUGUAUAUUCUCAGGUUUGUAUUACUAUGAUUAAAAUGUGACUGAUUUUGCACUUAGAGAUUACAAUAAAGCAAUUGACAUCAAUCCAAAAUGUAGUUUGGCCUAUCUCUAUAGAGGUGAAUAAAAUAACAUCUAAUAUAUUAGGCAAUUUAUAUAAGGAUAUUGGAGAAAUAGAUAAAGCAUUAAAUGACUAUAAUCAAACAAUCUAACUUGAUUCAAAUGAUGCUAUAGCCUACUAUAAUAGAGGUACAAUUACAUAUGAUCUAUUAGGCAAUUUAUAUUUUGAAAUUGGUGCUUAAGAGAUAGCAUUAGAUGACUAUAAUCAAGCAAUCAAACUUGAUCCAAAUGAUGCAAUUGCUUAUAUAAACAGAGGUGAAUAAGUUAACACCUAACAUAUUAGGCAACUUAUAUAAUGAUAUUGGAGAGAUAGACAAAGCAUUAAAUGACUAUAAUCAAGCAAUCUAACUUGAUCCACAAUAUCCACACGCCUAUUAUAAUAGAGGUAAAUAGAAUCAAUAACGCUAAAUAUAUUAGGCAUUUUAUAUGAAGAUAUUGGGGAGUAUGACAAAGCAGCAAACGACUAUGAUCAAGCGAUCAAACUUGAUGAGUAAUUCACUUUAGCCUAUUAUAAUAGAGGUUAAUACAAUUACACUUAAUAUCUUAGGAAAUUUAUAUUAAAAUAUUGGGAAUUUCGACAAAGCAUUAAGUGACUAUAAUCAAGCAAUUCAAAUAGAUCCAAAAUAUGUAAAAGCCUAUUUUAAUAGAGGUGAAUAUAAUUAUACUAAAAAUAUUAGGCAGUUUAUAUAAAGAUAUUGGAAAGUUUGACAAAGCAAUUAAUGACUAUCAUCUAGCAAUCCAAAUUGAUCCAAAAUAUGCAAAAGCCUAUUUUAAUAGAGGUAAACAUUAUUAUUCUUAAAAUAUAUUAGGUAGUUUAUAUCAAGAUAAUGGGGAGUAUGAUAAAGCAGUAUAUGACUAUGAUCAAGCGAUCCAACUUGAUAAGAAAUUCGCUAUAGCCUAUUAUAAUAGAGGUUAAUACAAUUACACUUAAUAUCUUAGGAAAUUUAUAUUAAAAUAUUGGGAAUUUUGACAAAGCAUUAAGUGACUAUAAUCAAGCAAUUCAAAUAGAUCCAAAAUAUGUAAAAGCCUAUUGUAAUAGAGGUGAAUAUAAUUAUACUUAAAAUAUUAGGCGGUUUAUAUAAACAUAUUGGUUAGAAAGAGAACGCACUAAAUGACUAUAAUUAUGCAAUCCAACUUGAUCCAUAUAAUGCUAUAGCCUAUUUUAAUAGAGGUCAAACAAUAAAACUUUAUAUAUAUUAGGCUGUGUUUAUGAUGAUAUUGGGGAAAAAGACAAAGCAUUAAUUGACUAAAAUCAAGCAAUCCAACUUGAUCCAAAAUAUGCAUAUGCCUAUAAUGGAAGAGGUAAAUACUAUUAUACUUAAUACAUUAGGCAGUUUAUAUCAAGAUAUUGGGGAGUAUCAAAAUGCAUUAAAUGACUAUAAUCAAGCAAUCCAACUAGAUGAGAAAUUUGCAAUAGCUUAUUGUAAUAGAGGUAUAUACUAUUAUACCUAAAAUAUUAGGCAGUUUAUAUCAAGAUAAUGGGGAGAAUGAUAAAGCAUUGAAUGACUAUCAUCAAGCAAUCCAACUUGAUCCAAAAUAUCCACACACCUAUUAUAAUAGAGGUAAAUACAUCACUCUUUAUAUAUUAGGAAUUUUAUUUUAAGAUAUUGGGGAAUUUAACCAAGCAGUAAAUGACUAUAAUCAAGUAAUUAAACUUGAUCCAACAUCAAUUAAUUCCUAUAUUCGAAAAGGUUCUAUCUCUAUAAUUAGAAUUUUAGGUGUUACUUUAGAAAAUAUGAAGUAAUAUGAAUAAGCGAUACACUGCUUUGAUAAAGUGAUUUAACUUGAUCCCAAUAAUAUUGAUGCUUAUUUUUACAAAGGUUUUAUAUUUGAUAUCAUAUAGCAAUUCAAUUAGAAAAUUUGA